GCGGGGGUAACGCAGUGAAGUUCGGGGAGACAACUUCUUCAGUUUCCGGUCUCACAAUGGCUGCUUCACGCGCUUCGGUUCAGGGCAUGAAGCUUGUGAAACCCAUACUCUCUGUUGACAGCACCGAAGCUCGGAGAAGGGUCCUAAAUUUAUACAAGGCGUGGUAUAGACAUUUACCGUACUUAGGUAAGGCUUUCCUUCCUUGUAUAUGUUUGGGGGAAGAGAAGUUGAAAAUUAUGCACAAUGAUAAACUCACUGGUUAUGUGUUCAAAUACUACUUGUGGCAGAUUAUGUCUAAUGAUUAUUAUAAAGUGUCUUGUUCAUUCCAGGGUCAAAUGGAGUUGGUGGAGACCAUGGAAGUUUGGAAACAGAGACAUCAUAUUAUGAAAUAUUUCAGGGAUUCUGAGAACCCUCGACCUGCAGAUUUUCUAUCCAAAUUCUAUGAUGGCAGUGAUUAGUUCCACUUCCAUAAAGUUGCUCUUGUUUUGUAUAUUAACUUUUGUAGGUUUGUUGGGAAAUUGCUUUGUGUAACAAACAAAUAGGCAAUAAACUUAUAUGAAAAAUU